AAAAUCAUAAUUAAAGGAAGAUGAAAUCCGAUUCUGGGAUUCGUAAAAAUAGAAAUUUGUACGAACGAUGAGAUUUUGAGAAAACGAAUUUCUACUUUAGUGGUGCCUUGUGUGAAUGGGCUAUUAAAAGUUAUACUGUAAUUAAUUCAGCACUUUUGUGAAUGGAUUGUUUUGAUUUCACAGCUGAUAAAGUCAGGGUUUCCAAUGGGUAGGACUUCCAAGGACAAACGUGACAUAUUCUAUAGGCUGGCCAAGGAGCAGGGAUGGCGCGCGCGGAGUGCCUUCAAGCUUUUGCAGGCUGAUGAGACGUUCUGCCUUUUGGAAGGUCUGACACGAGCCGUUGAUCUUUGCGCCGCUCCUGGCAGCUGGUCACAAGUUCUGGCCAAGCGCAUCUACGAACCCCUUGAGCCGAGUGAUAGGCAAAAUGUGAAAAUCAUAGCUGUUGAUCUGCAGGGCAUGGCGCCUAUCGAGGGCGUUACACAGCUGCGGGCGGACAUAAGCAAGGAAUCGACAGCGGAGACCAUCAUCGAGUUUUUUGCGGGAGAAAAGGCGCAGAUUGUGGUCAGCGAUGGAGCUCCGGAUUCCACGGGAAUGCAUGAGUUUGAUUGCUAUGUCCAAAGUGAGCUGAUCCUCUCCGCCUUGAGCAUUGCCACUUAUGUUCUGGAAACGGGCGGCUCCUUCGUGGCAAAGAUUUAUCGAGCGGAUAAAAUCAGCCGAGUUUACACCCAGCUAAAACGUUUCUUCAAGGAUGUGUGCGUUUUCAAACCAUCCGCGUCCCGGAAUUCCAGCAUCGAGGCGUUCGUUGUGGCAAGGCAAUUUUGUUUGCCCGAAGGCUACAAGCCAUGCAAUUUGACCUCCGAAUGGCACGAUCACCCUAAGUCGUCGUGGGUGGCGAGAUUGAACGCAGACCCGCCCAUCGUCCACGUACCCUUUGUUGCUUAUAAUGGUGAUCUAGACUCUGAUCGCACCUACGAUUUAGAUGAGAACUAUGUCUAUAAGGAGGCAGUGCAACAGCCCCUGACAGCCGCCUAUCAGGAAGUUUUGAAGAAAACCGGCGAGGUCAACCUUAAAUACAAGUCCAUCAAAGUUGUUCAUGACCAGGAAUUGUACAUGGAUUGGUGUAAAGUAGCACCGGAGGAUGCGAUUUCGAAGCAAGAAGGGUUUCAGAUUGCAGAAACUAAGAAUAAAGCGUCUUAAGAACCGGUAACCAUGAAAAUACUAAGAAAUAUCGUCAUUUAUG